AUGUCGAACGUAAUCUUGGAGAGCAUCUUUCUCAAGCGCUCUCAGCAGAAGAAAAAGACGUCUCCCCUCAACUUCAAAAAGCGCCUCUUUGUGCUGAUGCAGAGCAAACUCUCGUACUAUGAGUACGACUUUGAGCGCGGGCGCAAAGGAAGUAAGAAGGGCUCCGUGGAUGUUGAGAAAAUCACCUGCGUGGAGGUUGUGACUCCUGAGAACAACCCUCCUCUGGAACGGCAGGUCUUAGUGCGGAAAGGAGAGGAUUUAAACGAGACCGAGCAAAUCUCCGUCAUCGAGCGGUUCCCCUACCCUUUCCAGGUGGUGUAUGAUGAAGGCCCCCUUUAUAUCUUCUCUCCAACGGAGGAGUUACGGAGCCGUUGGAUUCACCAGCUGAAGAGUGUGAUCUGCUACAACAGCAACCUGGUGCAGAAAUAUCACCCCUGCUUAUGGACUGACGGACAGUACCUCUGUUGCUACCAGACCGCGAAAAUGGCCAUGGGCUGCCAGAUCGUGGGAGGCAGGAGUCGAAGUUUCAGAAGUGGCCGUUCUCUUAAGCCUGACAAGCCUCUACCCCCGACCCCAGAGGAGAACCAGAUGAUGAACACACCGUUGCCCCCUGAGCCGGCCCCCAGCAACCCGUCUAGGACGAGGAAGGUUGUGGCUCUUUACGACUACGCCCCAAUGAACGAACACGACUUGCAGUUGCAGAAAGGCGAAGAGUACAUUGUCCUGGAGCAGAGCAACGAGUCUUGGUGGAGGGCCCAAGACCUGAAUGGGAAACAAGGUUACAUUCCCAGCAACUACGUCACCGAAACGAGAGAUUCUCUGGAGAUAUUUGAGUGGUAUUUGAAAAACAUAACCAGAAGGCAAGCAGAACAGAUGCUGAAGAAAGAGGGCAAAGAUGGUGGCUUCAUUCUCCGAGAUUCCACCAGCAAGACCGGAAAAUAUACGGUCUCUGUGUUCGCCAAGUCAUCCGGGGAACCCCACGGGACAGUUCGCCAUUACGUUGUGUGUUCCACGCCCCAGAACCAGUAUUUCUUGGCAGAGAAACACCUCUUCAGCACCAUCCCAGAGCUCAUCAACUAUCAUCAGCACAACUCAGCGGGGCUUAUAUCCAGAUUGAAGUACCCCGUGUCAUCGCAUCAAAAAACGGCUCCGUCCACAGCAGGACUUGGAUACGGUAGAGCCUGGGAAAUUGAUCCAAAGGACCUGACAUUCCUGAAGGAGCUGGGGACAGGGCAGUUUGGCGUAGUGAAGCACGGGAAGUGGAAAGGCCAGCACGACGUGGCCGUGAAAAUGAUCAAGGAAGGCUGCAUGUCGGAAGAUGCAUUUAUCGACGAAGCCAAAGUCAUGAUGAACCUCUCCCAUGGGAAGCUCGUGCAGCUGUUUGGAGUCUGCACCAAAGAGAGACCUAUUAUGAUAGUCACGGAGUACCUGUCCAAAGGUUGUCUCUUGAACUACCUGCGGGACAGUCGGCGGUCUGUCCAAGCCAGUGAGCUUCUAGAGAUGUGCAAGGAUGUCUGUGAAGCUAUGGAAUACCUCGAAUCCAAGCAGUUCCUGCACAGAGACCUGGCCGCUCGCAACUGUUUGGUCAGUGAACAAGGUGCUAUCAAAGUCUCCGAUUUUGGUCUCUCCAGGUACGUCUUGGACGACGACUACAUUAGCUCCAUGGGAUCCAAAUUUCCGGUCCGGUGGUCUCCUCCAGAGGUUCUUCUGUACAGCAAGUUCAGCAGCAAGUCGGACAUCUGGGCUUUCGGUGUCCUCAUGUGGGAGGUUUAUACCGUGGGGAAGAUGCCCUAUGAGAGGUUUAGCAACAGUGAGACGACCGAUCAUGUGACCAAAGGGCUGCGUCUCUAUCGCCCCCACCUGGCCUCUGAGAGAGUCUACGCCAUCAUGUACAGCUGCUGGCAUGAGAAAGCAGACGAGCGUCCCACCUUCCAAACCCUCCUCAGACAGAUCACGGAUUUAGCAAACGAAGACUCCUGAACUACAUCAGUAGCCGAUUGCUCGGUUGACAGCCUUUUGUCUCUGGCAUGUUUCUAUGUUUGCCAAAAAAAUUCUGAACGGACAUCGGAUGCAUGAAUCUGCAAGGAGCACACCAUGGCCAAAGUAACAGGAUCCAUCCCCCACCCCCAAAUUACCAGAUUCCCUUUUUCCUGCCUCCCUUUAAAAACUGGCUUGCAUUGGAAGUCACCAAAGAGCCAUCCUAUGACGGCAAACACUGGCUUCAUAUCUUCCUCCUCAACUGAGUAAAACCUUUUCACCGCAGUGUCAAAAUGCACGGACCUCUCCCUAUAACUCGAAACGGCAUGACGGGAUUUAAACAACUUUUCAUGGAUGUAACAAUGUACAAUGAAUGGAAUAACAAUGACGAGAAAUGAUACGAAAAUGAAAGAUAUCUCAUAAAAAGGAAAUAUAGUUGAUGGCUUCACCGUUUUCCUGGCCCACCAUCUAUGGGUGUAGAACCUUUCUGCCCUACUUCUUAUUUCUCACGUUCCCUGUGCUUCCUCCUGCCCAAAGGACAGAUUUGUUUUUCAUUUUAUUGU